AACUGUAACGAUAAUUGGGGAGUGUAAUCAGGUGGAGAUGUUAUCUUCAAGACUACCGUCACUCUCAUAUUCUUUUCCACUUUCCUCUAAAACCCUCCUCCCAAAAUUACUCUCAAAACCCAGCUCUUUUCUAUCUUCCCCCUCUUUCUCCUUCCAUCAAAAGCUAAACUUGUCUGCUGUUUCCACUACCGCAUCACCUUCGUUCUUCACAGAUUCCCCUCUUUCAGGACUAGAGGAUGAUUUGGUGGGUUAUGUGUUUGGCAAGAAGAAGGCUACUGAAGUGGCUCACUUGAUAUGGAAACAUGUUGUCCAAAAAGGUGAUACUGCUGUAGAUGCCACAUGUGGCAAUGGCUAUGAUACCUUAGCAAUGCUCAAAAUGGUUGCUGAUGAGUCUGGUACAGCUCGUGUUUAUGGAUUUGACAUUCAGCGAGAGGCUCUAGAGAGUACUUCUUCUUUGCUAGAUGAAACUGCCAAUCAGACAGAGUUCCUUCUGACUUCCAAAUUUAUGCAGAAAGAACUUGUCAAGCUCUUUAACAUGUGUCACAGUAAAAUGGAAGAAGUCAUUGCUAAAAAUGCCCUGGUGAGGUACUAUUUAAAUUCAAGUAUCUUGCUGGUCUUGCUAUAUAUGAUCUAGUUUUCGGAAGUGGAAAUAUGAUGUGUAUCAUUAAGGCUUGUGAUUUUGACUCAAUUUUAUGAGCUGGUGCCUGAUAUUGUUCAAGAUUCUAAAGUAAUGUACAAAAUGUGUGGUCUAGAAUCACUGAAGCCGUGGGAAAUGUCAACCGAACACCCAUAAAUGGGGAUCAAGGUUUUAUUUGUUGGAAAGGCUGAACAACAGAGGCUAAAGUGCAAAAAAGCAUCUCUUGGUCAUUAUUUCCCAAUUUUAGCUCGGCACUUGAGUGGUCUAGAAGUUAGAAAAAGAUGAGAUUAAUGGGAUGCUUUUUAUAGUUAAAGAGGAAGAGUAUUUCUGAAAGACAGUGUAAUGUGAGCUUAGGAAAGAAAACUUACCAUCUUGAACUCAAUGUUUCACAAUUGAUAAUGAUGUAGGCUUAAGGCAACUAUAUGAGAUCUUAGACAUCAACCAUAAACGAGAAAAAAUUCCUCUUGGGUUGAACAAUAAGCACCUAGGGAAAAUUGUAAAAACACCAAAAAGGUUAGGAUGUCUCAACAGGUUGUUAGUUUGGACCUUUCAACGCUCAAGUUAGUGUAAACACAUGAUUAUAAUACAACACGUAUCCUUUCAAAUAGUGUUUAAAUUAUUAUGGUUUUUGAUAGUCUUGGUAGAGGAUGAAGAAUGAGAAUAUUUCUCUUAAAAAAAAGCUCUUUUUCUUAGAGAAAAAUAAAUGAGGCAAAAAUGAGAGGAUCCCUCUUCUCUUGGUGUUAUUUUCUUUAUAUAGAGAGGUUAAAACAAUUUAUUGGAUCAGCUGUCCUUUACAUUUGUUAGGGUUUAUCAAACCUUUAUUCAGAACCCAUUGUCAUCAAAUUAUUACUUUAUCCACUAGUAGUCCCCUUUUAUCCAUAUUUUCAUUUUAAAUCUUUUAUUGCAGAUAUCUUACCCUAAUCAUUUAGUGUCAAGAUUCACUAGAUAAGUCAGAUGAAAUGUUUCAAGUAGAAAAUAUUAUACAUGCAAGCUCCACCUAAGUGCUAAUUGAUAGGACAAAAUCAUUUACAAUUAUAGAAAAAAAAUAUCGCGGAUAAUAGGGGAUAGAUAAGGCAACAUUUGGAUGCCACUUGGACAAAAGAAGUGUGAAAAGCCCUAGUAGCUAUUAAAGGAAAAUUUAUCCAAUCGGGUUACCUAAAUCCUCUCUAUAUAUAAAGGAAAUGGUAUCAAGGGAAUGAAAAAUCUCGCAUUUCUUUGCCUUACUCAUCUCAUCAAUAAGUAUAUUCCCAUACCUUUUCUCUACUAAAAUCAACUUAAAACCAGUAAAUACUCUCUAAACACAUUUCUAGGAGCUUUGAGGGCUAUCAAUUUAUUUCAAUAUUGACUUGACCGUCGGAGGGUUUACACCAUCAAUACUAUUGACGCUUCCUAAUUUUUUCUGGUGAUUUUAAAAAAACUGCCGUGCGUUUCCAGAGGAAGUGCACUUGGAUUGCAAAGAAGGUUUGUAGACCUACACCUUGGAUUCAAAGUCAGACCUUGGGUUUUAGAGAAACAGCAUCAGUUUCUGGACCAGGAAAUCAUCUCUUGAGAAAUCCUGACCCAUGUUGUUCAAUUCUUUGUAAAUUUUUUUUUUUAAUUUUAUAAAUCCUCUU